UAAUAAAAAUUCUAAAGUAUUAAGAUCCGGUUCCGGCCCUCUGUUUCGUUUUCCAUAGUUUUAAGCCAAUAAGGUGGGUGUGGUGAGAGCAGAGCGCAUCGGACAUUUGUGAGUGAGAGAGUAAGGGUUUAUUCCGAAUGAGAGAGAGUAAAGGGAUGAGGAAGACGAUACCCAUUUACAGAAUAUCUCUACUCCUCAUCGCUCUGCACCUCUCCUUUGCAGCUUCUCAAUCGGAAUUUUCGCCGGAUAUCAACAGUGCUACCUCAAGAAAUCUUAAAGAAGGACAUCAAGAAGUUCAUUGCUCAAGAGAUAGGAGUCGAGCAGCCUGGAAGAUCAUAGAGGAGUAUCUUAUGCCUUUUGUGGAGAAACAGAACUAUCAACUUUCAAGCAAAUGCAGGCUUCAUCCAAGCAGCGAUUUAUUCAGGGACCAGGAGGAGCAUAAGAUUCAUGUUGACAUAAAUGAAUGGCGAUGUGGUUAUUGUAAGAAAAUCUUCCGAGCAGAAAAAUAUUUGGAUCAGCAUUUUGACAACAGGCACUACAAUCUUCUAAAUGUUACUCAUGGAAAGUGCUUAGCGGAUCUCUGCGGAGCUUUGCAUUGUGAUUACGUUAUUAAUUCACAAUCUCAUAAAGCCAAGUGUAAUCCUGCGGCUGCUGCAAGGAACCGUCACUUAUGUGAGGAUCUUGCAAACAAUUGUUUUCCUGUGAAUGAGGGUCCAUCGGCAACUCGUCUUCAUGAAUUCUUUUUACACCAGUUCUGUGAUGCCCAUACUUGUUCAAGAGGAGUAAAACCUUUUGCUCAGGGAGGCAAGAAGCAUACCAGCGUAUUGUACUUGGCGGCUUCAGUAUUGAUUUUGAUGUUCCUUCCUAUAUUUUACUUAAUCGUGUACUUGUCUCAGAGGGAAAAAAAAGGAAUGACACAGCUCAAGCGCGUCACAAGACCUGGGAGAAAACCAAAACCCUCUUGAUGGAAUCUGGUGAACUUGUUGGCAUCAUUCCUUGUGAUCGAUAAGAAAUGAGCGCAUGCACAAUCUUGCUCUCCGAUCCAAUCUUCAGUUGAAGUGCGUUCGCGACGAAUAACCCAAGACUUCUGUUCUGAUGAUGGCAUAAUGGAAAAUUUGCUGCAUUGCUUCUUUUCUUCUUUUCUUCUUCUAUUAUUAUGCUUUUCAAAUUGUUGUAACACUUCAUUCAAUACUACCUCUUCUAGACUAGAUAAAAAUAUCGAGGGCCCUGUAAAAUGUUUUUGAUUGUAUUUUGUAUAGCAAGCUUACAAACUCCAUAAAUUUUUCAUUCUACUUUUCACACACGACAUAAUGUUGAAAUUUAUCCAUUGGCCUCA